CAUGGUGCAUGGUGAUACAUUCGUUCGGCGUUUUGGUCGGCGCAUAUCAAUACAAACACUUCCCUCGCCACCUUUCGAUAAUCCAUUGUCGAUGUGAUGGACAAUCUCACUCCCUCAGAUCUCUUCUCACCAUCGAAAGCCCGCCAGCAGCGUGCGCAAGCUCAAGACUGGGCGCAGAUCGAGAGCUGGUUGAGUUACAAGUAUGCCGGGCGAACGAUGCCGACAUUUGAGCGGAACGAGGAGACUUUGAAAGUGCUUCGAGAGCUGUCGACGGCGAAUGAGCGUGCAGACGAAGAGAGAGUGAUACAGGAACGACUGGAGCGAGAGGCGUUGAAAGAGCUGGAUGAGGCACAACCCCACCCCGAUGAUACACACAUCCUCUCAACCCUCACUGCAGCCCUCACAACCCCCGGCUCCACAGCCCUCGCCUCCCUCGCCUCCGCCGCCAUCCACCUCAACACCUCAACCCCAACCCCCGAGACAAUCGCCCACACGCUGAUCCACCAGACAUCCGUCUCACACUCGCUAUCCAACCACCUCACGCACAUCCACGCACUGCAGAAAUACCUCGAAAAGCAGCACUCUCUCCUCCGAGCCCAACUCUCCGAGCUCCAAUCUGACCCUGCGUUCUCCACGCCCGUCUCUCUCCAGCGCCAGACAAACGACCAAGCGCGCCAGACAAAGCAUUUAAAAGCCAAGAUACGGGAAUACGAGGACAAGCUUGCUACGCUAUCUGCAACACAGGGGAGGGCGCCCAAGAAUGCAGAUAUGGCGUCAGCGGAAGCAAUACUCGAGAUGUUAGAGCAGCAGAAGCUGGGGGACCAGUUGAGAGAGAGGGUCGAGGGCUUAGAGAAAGAAGUUCAGGCGUUUGCGGGACUGCCUGCGGAUAGGGAGGCUGCGAGACGUGAGGUGGGGAAGUUGGAGCUGGAGCUGGAUACUGUGAGGCGGAGACGAGAAGUGCUGUUUGAGGACUUGGUUGGGAAGGGAAGGGUCUAAGUGGGAAGUUGAUAGUACGACGCGAUAUGAUGAGUUUGCUACGUGGGUCAAACGAAGUGGCCUCUACGGCCUCAUAAAUGAGGCAACGAGUGUCAGGUCCACACUUGGAGAAAAAGAUUGCUCUGGCCGCCCGACAGGAACCAAAUAUUGCUUACCGAGAAUCUAGACAUCAUUCAAGCACACUUUAAGCAAACAAAAAUCGACCUGUAUCGAAAUUGAAGCCAAAAGUUCUAA